ACAUUGUAUAACAUAUUAUCAUCAAACGUGUAGGCUAGACAGGCACUAGUGAAUGCAGGAAGCGACGAUAUAAAAAGGAUACAUCAUCAUUGGACACAGUAAUCUGAUGCAUGCUGGUUUUGAUUUCGUCAGGGUCCUAAAGUGCCCAAAAAGUGUAAAGAAGAUUUCUGUUGAUUUGUCUCGUCUACUUGAUAUCAUAAUUGUAAUUAUAUAGAACUCGUGUAUGGAGUAGACCUUCACAUAUAUUGAUUAUCGCUAGGCUAAUAUUCAAGGACUAAAAACGUAGAGUGAACCCGACCGGUGCUAUGACCCAGUUUCGUCCCAUCCUCCGUAGCGGUCUGCUUUUACGCGAGCGAGGAGGACCCAGAGCCAGAAAUCAGCAGUUCAGAAAAUCAAGAGAUCAAAAUGAUGAUGCUGCUCUCGAAAAGGGAUUAAACUGAAUAAAUCUGUCGUCAGUGGAAAAUACAGCGUUCAUUGGGUUACUGUUCCAGUUUUCUGCAGUGAUGUUUUUGUAACCAGGGCAUUUUCUCCAGGUUUUUCCGUCAGGUUGGUGUUUUAAUUACUAGCGAGUUUGACUAAUGAAUGCAUCGUUUUUCACUUUCCUCCAUUCCAUAGGAUUGGGAUACUGGAUGCACGCGGCCUAAAACAAUAACCGUUGUUUUUUUAUUCUCCUGCUAUUCAGUUCUAGUCGGCACGUAGGUUCACCGUCUCCCCAACAGAAUUGACUGUUGGUGAGAACGGACCGAUUUGUGCUGACAACCGAGGAAGAGAAAGGGAGAGAUGCCGUUGCUGAGCAGCCGUUGUGAAGCUUGACUGAUCAUGAUGAAGACCGAUACCUCAUCUUCCAAGAGCACCGGCUCUGGUUCGACGCUGAGGAGCCCAUCCCCACACCGGAACGCAUACGAGGCGGGGAUACAGGCGCUGAAGCCUGUGAAGGACAAUGCUGCAAAUGGCGAUUAUAUGCAGGAAGGCCCCCGCGGCCGCCGGAGCUACGGCUCCAACGUGCACCGUAUCAAGAACAUGUUUCAGCAGAUGCAAGGCCCAGGGAGCACAUCUCCCGGCAGGGAGGGGGAGGGAGGGGAGGACCUGGAGAAGACUACUGAGAGGGUGCGUCUCUCCCUCCCCAGAGCCGGUAGCCUGAAUGAGAAUGUGGACCACAGCGCCUUGCUGAAGCUGGGAUCCACUGUCUCAGAGCGGGUUAACCGGUUCAACCCCAAUGCCAAAGCAGAGAAUGGGCAGGCUCCCCUAGCCUCAUCACCCAGCUACUCCAAGAUGCAAGAGACACGGAAGAUCUUUGAACAACAGCAGGCGGCACAGCAGCUGGAGCGGGAGAAGCAGGCCGCUGCCACCAACCGGGUCCUGCUGAAGACAGAGCGGACCUCUGGCCUGGGCUUCCAUGAUGGCAGGCUGGACGUGGUGGCCCGGUUCAACGGCAGCACAGAAUCCCUGGACAGCCUGGACACCACCGAGGCUGUGUCCCCCACUGUCUCCCAGCUCAGCGCUGUCUUUGAACGGGCCUCAGAGCUCCGCAACAACCUGCACCGCCUCUCCUCCACCCCUCCACUGCCCUCCCGGGGGGUCAGCACCAAGGUGGGGGUGCAGCUCAAUUCCAAAAUCAUCUCCAAGAGGGCGAACCGUGCUUCUGCCCUCCCAACUGCCAGCCAGGAGGAGGAGGGUGGUGGGGGGCGCAGCCAGAGGGACCUGGAUGGGCCUCCCAGAAGCCUCAGGGCUGCCCCCUCAUCCUCCUCCACCUCCGAUGGCCUGAAUGUAGGGCAGAAUGGAGGCCACAGUGGCCCGACACUCCCCAAGCCCAAAGAGGGCCGGGAUAAGACUGGAACCCAGGCCAAAGCUGAAGGCCAGUCUGAGGAUCACUCUGGUGACCAGGAGCCCUGCAGCAACUUAGUGAAAGCUGACAUCCACCACAUCUCUCUGGAGAAUGGGGAGAACAGUACAGAGAGCGAGGCCCAGGUGAGGGAGACCUCUCCCAAGGGCACUAGCAGUGAGAGAGGUAGGCAGGGUGGAGAUGGAGUGAUGGGCCAGGGGGGUACAGCGGAGGAGGGAGAAGAGAGAACUGUAAAGGAUCAGUCAGGGGGAGAACAGGUGGAUAUCAGAACGUACAGCGCAGUGGGGGAGGACUCUGGAGGGAGCCAGCGGGAUGAGGAAGAGGAGGAUGAAGAUGAGCCGUAUGAGCCUGAGUCCAGCUGUCAUGAGAAACCUGGUCUGCCUGAAGAGGAGGACCCUCCACCCAGCCGGAAGAUCUCCUUCAGCACGGGGCCUAUCAAGGUGUUUGCCACCUACCCCAACGAGGACUAUGAUCGUCGGAAUGAGGACGUGGACCCCAUGGCUGCGUCUGCAGAGUACGAGCUGGAGAAGAGGGUGGAGAGGCUCGAUCUGUUCCCCGUCGAGCUGGAGAAAGAUGGGGAUGGGCUGGGUAUCAGUAUCAUUGGGAUGGGGGCGGGGGCAGACAUGGGCCUGGAGAAACUGGGCAUCUUUGUCAAGACGGUCACCGAUGGAGGAGCAGCGCAUCGGGAUGGCAGGAUCCAGGUGAAUGACCUGAUCGUGGAGGUGGAUGGGACCAGUCUGGUGGGGGUCACCCAGACCUUCGCUGCCUCCGUCCUCAGGAACACCACAGGCACUGUCAAGUUUCUGAUUGGUCGGGAGAAGCCGGGCGAGCAGAGUGAGGUGGCCCAGCUGAUCCAACAGACCCUGGAACAGGAGCGCUGGCAGAGAGAGAUGAUGGAACAACGCUACAGCCAGUACAUGGACGACCAAGAGGAUGGUGAAUAUGGUACUGAUGAGGAGGAGGAUGAGGAGGAGGAGGUCAGCCCCACGGAGCCGUCUGCCAUCGAGGUGUUUGACCUGGCUGAGAACGAGGACAUCUCUCCCCUGGAGACGGACCCUGAGAAGCUGGCCCAUAAGUACCGGGAGCUUCAAAUAAAGCAUGCUGUAACACAGGCAGAGAUCCAACAGCUGAAAAGAAAGCUGAACCAUGCAGAGCAGGAUAAGCAGCGCUGGCGUAUGGACAAGAACCAGCUGGAGCAGACCCUGCAGGAGAACAAGGAGCGCAUGGAGAAGCUGGAGGGCUACUGGAUGGAGGCCCAGAGUCUGUGUCAGGCUGUGGACGAGCACCUGAAGGAGACGCAGGCCCAGUACCAGGCUCUGGAGCGCAAGUACAGCAAGGCGAAGCGCCUCAUCAAGGAGUACCAGCAGAAGGAGAUUGAGUACCUGAAGAAGGAGACUCAGCGCUGUGUACAGGACGGGGCCGAGGCAUCACUGAAGGAGGAGUCAGGACAGCUCCAUGAACAGGUAGCAGAUCUGGAAUGCAGGGUUGAAGAGCUGAAAUCUGAACCUUUAUAAAAGCCUGGUUUCCUAUGUCUCUUCAAGAACAUGAAGUGAAUACCAGGAUGUUAGUGUAUUUUCAGUGGGCCCAGGGUAUUUCUUGCCUCAAACUUUACUAUUGGUUUGCGGUUGCAUACGUGUACCCUCAGGCUUUGUAUUGCUGCAUAUAAUCUCUUUAUCUAACAACCCUUUUAAUCCUGUUUUUGUUUGUUUUGUGAAUAUUUCCCAUCUGGUAAUAUUGCCAACGGCUACUGGUUUGUCUGAUAGUUUAAUCAACCAUUUUCUUAACAUUAAAAAAAAUACUGGCAA